GUGAGAGCCAAUCACAUGAGAGCAUCGGAGGCUUAUGUCGAGGCAUGUUCAGGCUGUACACGUGCUGCUAUGUUAGAAGAAAUGACUUCAAGACAAGUUGCCUCAGUUGGCGAUGGCGGAGCGGUCAAAUAGAACCAAAGGCAGCUCACGGGGGCUUCUCAACAACUACAGGUGUUUGUGUAAGAGAUCCACGAUGCUUCGCUCCUUGGAGAGCGCAAGAGCUACAAGGAAACAUCAGCAGAAGAUAAUCAUCAGCAACAUGAAGAGGAAAACGACGAACAACCUCACUGAACCACCGGACGUUAAUAAACUGGUCAAAAAAACAAAAUCGAGCGCCACAGAAGAACACGCUCACAGCACUCUGACCUCUGAAAACAGGACGAGAGAUGUUUCUAACCCUGGACUUUCUGAGCCUAAAGCUUCGGACCAGAACAGUUUAGUCUCGGCCCUCAGAGACCGCUGGGAGGUGGACAGUGGUUUCUCCUCGGAGGCGAGUCCUCCGGCUAGCGGGCGGAGUUCACCGUGCCUCAGCUCGUGCUCCACCACAGUGGUGGCGUUGGACUGCGAGAUGGUGGGGACGGGGCCUGGAGGACGCUGCAGUGAGUUAGCCCGCUGCAGCAUCCUGGACUAUCGUGGUAACAUAUUAUAUGAUAAAUAUGUCCGACCCAGUCAGCCCGUUACAGACUACAGGACUCGCUGGAGCGGCAUCAGAAGGCAUCACUUGUGCAAUGCUACAGCCUUCGCUCAGGCCAGGGAGGAGAUCCUCAGGAUACUUGAAGGCAAAGUGGUCGUUGGCCACUCUAUUUACAACGACUUUGAGGCGUUGGACAUGAUCCAUCCUCCUCACAUGGUCAGAGACACCAUCACCACAAGGCUCCUCAGCAAGUUGGCUGGUUUCCCUCGGCAACGCUGCGCCUCCCUGAAAAUCUUGGCCAAUAAGCUGCUGAGCAGGAAAAUACAGGUGGGGAGGUGGGGCCACUGCUCGGUGGAGGAUGCUCAAGCCGCCCUAGAUCUCUACAAGCUGGUGGAGGGAGAGUGGGAGCAGGAGCUGCAGAACAGACUUCACAACGAUGACGAUGCUCAACAAGCGUCGAGCUCAAACCACUACAUGCAGGACGAGUACUGGCCAGACGAUGUCGUAGCUGAGAGCAAAUGAAAGGACAGUAUGGCGGUACCUCAACAGAUUCCUUAAUACAAGGAAGUACAGAAAAGUAUGAAUAAUGUGAAUGCACAACAUACAGACAGGCUGGAGUUAAACACACAUCCACAUCCAGGCUGGACUUAAAUUACAGUUAUGUAAAAAAUUAAUAUUAAGAGAAUCAAAUCUGGGAGUUGUGAUAAAACUGUCGUCUCAUGAAAAUAUGUUUUCUUUAAUUUUGGGGAAGUGACUGUACUGAUGGAGACACUUGUUAACUUAUUAUUUCUAAACAGUGUGGGAGCUAGUAUCAGCAUUUUCACUGCCGUGGAACAGAGUUUGUCCUGCAGAGUUCUCGGUUUCAGCGCACUUAUGUUAAAGCGUGAAGCGUUGGCUUCAUGCUCUGCAAAGUUUGGACGGUUGUUGCUCUUACCUGAAAGGAAAACAAACACUGAUCAAUGGACAGAGAUGCAGCUGUUUUUAGAAAAGAACUGUAUAUUUUAUGUUUGUCCAUUUAACAUGAAACUGCCAAAAGAUAGAUUCUUGGAGCAGCGUCUAAAAAUGUGGAACAAAUUACACAAACAAAAAGAGAUGCAUGGAGUGCUGCGGUGUUGUUGAAAUGUGUUUUUUUUUUUUAAUAGUUGAAAAGAAAGUAUCCCUCUGGUGCUCUUCAGUGCGGGGAUCCAACUUACAAGCUUUUGACUGUGCCUCAGACCUCUUCAGUGGAACAAUUUCCAGUUUUACUCACUUCUGGUUGUAAAAGAAAGUAAACUUUAGUUUAAACUGCUGCAUUUUCAUGUCAACUAAAAGUUACCUCCAUGUUUAAGUGGCCUUAAGUGUUUUUUAUAAAUCAACCACGGUAUGUUUAACUGUAAUGGUCAUUUAUAUCAUUACCUCUUAUUGUAAGCUGCUCUUAAAUGUCCUAAUAAAAUGGCCUGUUAUAUUUAAACUUG